AUGAACUUCAGCGGUGACGUCAGUAGUUCGGAAUUGGAGGUUCGUUUGGAGAAGUUGAACCAGUUGUGGGAUGAAUUUGGAGCGGUGCUGGUCGAGGUCAGGGCUCAUAACGACUUCGAAGGAUCGGAAAGUCUGGAUACGGAACGGCAGGAAUUCAGCGAUCACUACUACGAAAGUACAUUGGACCGAGUACGUCUGCCCCAAAUAACGUUACAAACCUUCGGUGGAAGCUUUGAGGAAUGGCUGAGCUUCAAGGAUUUGUAUAUUUCGCUGAUCCACUCAAGAGGAGACCUGUCGGAAGUAGAGAAAUUCUACUUUUUAAAGGGAUGCCUACAAGGGGUGCCGAGGAGGUUGAUCGACCCUCUCCAGAUCACUAGCGGAAACUACCGAAUCGCCUGGAAUAUACUCAUGGAACGAUACGACAACAACAAACAAAUGAAGAAGCGGCAGGUAGAAUCGCUUUUCCAUUUGCCGUCGCUCACAACGGAAUCACCUGGGGAGUUGCACGCUCUGUUGGAUGGUUUGGAGAGAACAAUUCAGUCGUUGGAUCAGAUAGUAAAACCGUCUGAAUAUAAGGAUUUGUUGCUGAUCAGUUUGACCACCGCACGCCUCGAUCCAGUGACGCGCCGAGAUUGGGAAGAUUUCUCGUGUACCAAGGAUCAGGACACCUUAAAGGAUUUACUCGAUUUCCUGCAGCGAAGGAAGCCGCUGUAUAGCCUGUGCAGCAUAUCAUUCGCUUCAUACUUGCAAAAUAUUCCGGCGAAUGACGGUGAGGGACAGGGAGAUAUUCCUACGGCGUCAUUAUCUCUGUCGAAAUUGUCUGAAACGGGGUCAUCAGGCAAGGAACUGCCGAUCGGAACAAACGUGCGGAAGGUGUGA